AAUGCAUCCUCCUAUGAUUCUAUUGGCGGUACCUGCACCUAAACCGACAAUAGGUAAAGGUACCCUCUGUAUUUUCAACAAGGACAAUAUUAUUUACGUAAUACAGAUAGUCGAUUGUGUCAAUCAUGCAGUGCAAUUUUUUUACUCAUGGUGGUACUGCGUUUUCAAUAUUGUUUCGUCAAAUUACACGCGAGUGGUACCUAAUUGUUUCAGACUAUUUUCAUUUUCGACUGCGACUUCUUCGAGACGUCGAUGUUCUUAUAAGCAAACCUCUGAUCCGCAAAUUUUAAGCAAAUAUCAAUAAAUAAUCAUUGUUAUAAAAAGUCGAAUAAAAUAAUGUGCAAGUGCAAUAAUGUUUCGAGUUUUGUGGGCAAUUCUUCUAAUUAAAGCAAACGCCGCAUUUGCUGCUCGCCUGCUGAAUUGCCCAAAAUCGAACAUAAAAUUCGAAAAAAUCAUCGGCCUUCCCCCAAUCAACUUGAAUCGAGAACAGCUCUUAGUCCCUCUGAAUCAAAACGAAACUGAUGCCGCCGUUACUAUUCAAUGUCUGCAAAAUUGCCAGAAAAACGAAAAAUGUCAAAGCUUUGUACUCUUUUACGACACUUCUGAUUGCUACUGGUUUGAGAACGACCAAACAUUUAUCAGGAAUGAGUCUGGAAUGGAAGUUGAUAAUGCAGCAGCAUGGUUUGUUAAAGUCUGUCUGCAAGAAGAAAGAGGUUGUAACAAAUCGUGGGUGUUUGAAACAGUCAGAGGAGCCACUUUGAUAGGCAAUGACACUAAAGCUCUGCCCAGAAACAUGUCCAGAUCGGAAUGCCAGCAAAACUGCUUGGAUGAAACCGAUUUUGACUGCAGAUCCGUUAAAUUUAGAGUCAGUUCUGCUCAAAAUGAGACUGUGGGAUUAUGCACUCUGAGCAACAGUGACAGGCACUUAAUGCCCACUUCCUAUAGAGUUUCAACUUAUGAUGAUUAUUACCUGGAAAACCAGUGCACAAAAAUCCGGGAUAAUCCACCUACAGAGCAUCAAGAUAAUGAAUACUGUACCUACGAAGAAUACGGAGACGUUGCUUUCAAGCACAAGGACUUAAGGUUGCUAAAUAUGACCAAAGAUCAAUGCCAACAUCAGUGCGAGGUUUACCAAGCAUUCAAUUGCAGAGGGUUUAGCUUGGACAGUGGGAAAAAGUGCAUUUUGCACAGUGAGGACACAAAGCUCAGAGGUCCAAGAAUCCUCGUUUCCAAACAAGGAGCGACUUAUUACGAAAAAGCUCGAUGCCUUAAUAUUACUGUUUCAUGCACUGAAAGCUACAUGACCAUUCGCUAUCAACCCGAAACAAAUUUUCACGGAAAAUUAUACAUGCACGGAAAUUCCGAAAAUAAGGAAUGUUUCGUUGUGGGCCAAGGCAAAUUCACAAUGGUUACUUUAAAAUUACAACUUCUUACCAAUGAAUGUGGCAUCGUUAAAGCUGAUAGUCCUACAAGCCGGUAAGUGUGUCAAGGAGGCAAUUUUUGCCUAAUUACUCUAAGGUUUCUGGUAAGCAAUAGCUAUAUUUCUUAGUGGCUUUAAAAAAAUUCUACUGUGGAGAAUAUAAUUGAUAUUGCGAAAGAAAUUAAAUAGAAUGUUGUU